AUGCGCACAAGACCACAAGGAUACUGUGUAUGUAACUUCAAAGUAAAAUCGCGUGAAGUCGCGAUACUCAUGAACCGGUCGUUCGAAAAAGGAAUCCGCGCCGCAAAUAUAGAACGUCCCUGCAAGCAAAUCGUGAUCGAUACUCGAGAAGUUCUCCAUAAGAUCUCUGAGCAGCGAGACAGCUCGCGGGCGGAGAGCCCCGAAGGCCUCGAGCAUAGGGAGCUGCGCAUUAUAAAAGAGAACUCUGAGUUCGCUGAGGGGAUCAAGGAAGAGGAAGAUGCGCAAAUGGACCCCGAAGAAGAAGAAGAAGUCCCUCCACCAGAACUAGCGGAGGAUGAGGAGUCCGGCGAGGAAAUACGGUUGAUUAGGCAGGGAAGCCCACCAGCUCAGGAGGAAAGGCAAGAAGACGUAGCCGACAAUAACGUGCAACUUGGCGCCGAAGAGCCGAAAGAAGAAGAGCCCGAGGCUGUGGAGCCCCCCGAGGUCCGAUUGCGCAGAAUCGAGAAUGAAAUCAGAAGCGCGCAGCAGGCCCUCUUCAACUUUGGAUGA